AAUACUUAGUCAACGUUUGCAUUGAUUUUCGAUUGCAACAAUCCCAUGAAGAGGAAGAUUAAGUGAAGACUCAUUUAAUAAGAUUCUCUCUCUAUUUCGAGCAGUUAAUUAAUUCAUUAAUUAGUCUAUAUCCCAACCUUCUUGACCAUCUAUUCAUUUCAUCUCUCUUAUAUCUUUUAUGUCACUUUCAUAUAUCCCUUUUCUUCUUUCUUUCUCUAUCUUAGUUUGAGAUUAAUUUUUGCUAGUAGCCAUGAUUAAUGGGAAAGACAUAUAUGAUGUUCUUGCUGCAAUUAUACCAUUAUAUGUUGCUAUGAUCUUAGCUUAUGGCUCAGUCCGUUGGUGGAAAAUCUUUACACCAGAUCAAUGCUCUGGAAUUAAUCGAUUCGUGGCGGUUUUCGCCGUUCCAUUGCUUGGUUUUCACUUCAUUUCUACCAAUGAUCCUUAUGCUAUGAACUACCAUUUCAUUGCUGCUGAUUCACUUCAAAAAGUUGUGAUUCUUAGCGCACUUUUUGUAUGGCAAGCCGUGACCAAAAAUGGAAGUUUAGAAUGGAUGAUCACACUUUUUUCCUUGUCAACUUUACCAAAUACUUUAGUUAUGGGAAUUCCUUUGCUUAAAGCUAUGUACGGUGAUUUCUCAGGAAAUCUUAUGGUUCAAAUUGUGGUUAUGCAAAGUGUAAUUUGGUAUACACUUAUGCUUUUUAUGUUUGAGUAUAGAGGUGCUAAGUUAUUAAUUGGUGAACAAUUUCCUGAAACAGCUGCUUCUAUAACUUCAUUUCGUGUUGAAUCAGAUGUUGUUUCACUUAAUGGUCGUGAACCAUUACAAGCUGAUGCUGAAAUAGGAGAUGAUGGGAAAUUGCAUGUUAUUGUUAGAAGAUCUUCUGCUUCUUCUAUUAUUUCAUCAUAUAACAAGUCACAUUUACCGUCAAAUAAUAUGACUCCAAGAGCUUCGAAUUUAACUGGUGUUGAGAUUUAUUCUGUUCAAUCGUCUCGAGGUCCGACCCCGAGGGCAUCUAGUUUUAAUCAGACUGAUUUUUAUGCUAUGUUUGCUAGUAAAACAGCAAGUCCAAAACAUGGUUAUACAAAUAGUUUUGGUGGAGAUGUGUUUUCUUUGCAAUCAUCUAAAGGUCCAACUCCAAGAACUUCAAAUUUUGAAGAGGACAUGUUGAAGAACAAGAAGAUUAGGGGAGGUAGGAGUAUGAGCGGGGAGUUAUUCAAUAGUGCUAGUACUGCUUCUGCUAAUGGAUUAGGAGCACCACCUUUAUAUCCACCACCAAAUCCAAUGUUUGCUGGGCAAAGGAAAAAGGAAGUGGGAAGUGGGAGUGGGGUGCCUGUGCCAAUGCCGAUGCCGAAUAAUAACAAUAACAAUAAUAAUAAUAAUAAUAAUAAUAAUAAUAAUAAUAAUAAUAAUAAUAAUAAUAAUAAUAAUAAUAAAGAACUUCAUAUGUUUGUUUGGAGUUCAAGUGCAUCUCCUACAUCUGAAGGUAAUCAUAGAAAUGCAGUUAACAAAUCUGGAUCAACUGAACUUGGGAUUCUUGAUGCAUCUAAGGCUGUUCUUCAACAAGAGAUAGCUGCAGCUAGAGAGAAUGCAAGUCCAGUAGGGAAAUCAAUUGGAGAUAAAGAAAUAGAGAUUGAGGAAGGUUCCAAGUAUUCAGGAAAUGGCUCUCCUUUCCCUGGGCAGAAGAAAAUGGACAUGGAAUUAGAAGGAGAGAAGAAACAACAGAUGCCUCCUGCUAGUGUUAUGACAAGGCUUAUACUUAUUAUGGUGUGGAGGAAAUUGAUAAGAAAUCCAAACACAUAUUCAAGUUUGUUAGGUCUCAUUUGGUCUCUGGUCUCAUUCAGAUGGAAUAUUCAAAUGCCUUCCAUAGUGAAAGGAUCAAUCUCAAUUCUAUCAGAUGCUGGUCUUGGAAUGGCUAUGUUCAGUCUAGGUUUGUUCAUGGCUUUACAACCAAAGAUCAUAGCCUGUGGGAAAUCUGUUGCCACAUUUUCAAUGGCAGUAAGGUUCUUAACAGGACCUGCAGUCAUUGCAGCUACUUCAAUCGCUAUUGGUCUUCGCGGUGUAUUACUACAUGUUGCCAUUGUUCAGGCUGCUCUUCCCCAAGGCAUUGUUCCCUUUGUGUUUGCAAAAGAAUACAACGUCCACCCUGACAUCCUUAGCACUGCGGUUAUAUUUGGAAUGCUAGUUGCCUUGCCCAUUACAAUACUCUAUUACGUGCUUCUUGGGCUUUAAGUUUUUGGUGAAGACAUGGGGAACAGAGACAGACAAGUUUAAUGAAUCCAAGAAAUAAUUAAGGCAAUGGAUUCAGGGAAGAAAGACAACAGGAAACAACUAUGUGCCCCCCUGCAUGUGACUAUUGGGACUUAUUCUUAUACAAAAACUGCAUUAAUUUAUUUUAAUUCUUUUUUUUUUCAUUUUAUAGUUGUAAUUUAAUUGUUGUUACCAUAGUUAGCUUAGGAAGAGGAACUGGUCAAUAGUAGAAUUAUUGAUGUAUUAUUACUUCAUUUACUAAUAUCAAAGUUUUAGUUUAGAUCUAAA